AUGGAGGCGCGCACGCCGGACCCCGCUGCGGCGCCGCUCCGGGACUCUGCAGAAAAUCUACUCCAAGAACUUCAAGAACAUUUUCAAGCUCUUACUGCAACAUUAACCCUCAGAAUGGAAGAAAUGGGGAAUCGUAUUGACGACUUAGAGAAGAAUGUAAGUGACUUAAUGGUGCAAGCUGGGAUUGAAAGUCCUGUGGAAGAACAAACGGUAAGAUCAUCAUUAGGAAACCAACCCUGUUUACCUUUUGCAUGUCUUUUAAUUGCCCUCAUCUUGAAAAAGACAAUCCCAUAUUAA